CGUGUAGUAUCUGGUGCCGGUGAUUUCAUUCAACUCUUCCCCUUCUUCGCUCUUUUGCUCCGACAGUUGGAAACCUGCUGGCUCUGGUCCUUACCCUGGACACCACCAAGCAUCACUUUACUAUUCCCAAGCUCCCAGAUAUACUUCAAUUCACUCCUGUCGAUCGACCAGUAGGGUUGCUGUCAUUAACAUAGUACAUAUUUCAGUCCCCCCCACACCCCGAUGAGUACGAACAACGGGUGUGGGUGUCUUGUCGAUUAUCGUUUCUUAUCGUCUUGGGUGAAACGCCCUACACGCCGGAAAAAACUAUCCUCGAGGACCCUGUCUAGACCGUGGUCUCCUCACUACUUCGGUCUGUAUGGCGAUCUUACCGUACAAGGUAGAUCGGAACCAUCUUAGAUUCCGGACUAUUAGUCUGUGUGGUCGCAAUUACUGUUUGCUGGAUUUAUUCCCUCAAGCAGAUCGGGUGUGAACUUCCAUGCCUCGCCCCAGAAGACCCGGCGCGCCAGAGCCGAAGCGGAGAUCACGUAAGGGCUGCUGGCCAUGCAAAGCCCGUAAGGUGAAAUGUGGCGAGGAGAAACCGUCGUGUCUCAACUGCCGACGGCAAAAUGAACCGUGCGACUAUAGCAUCAGGUUGAACUGGGGCGGGAGGACGCGGAGAAAAUCUUCAGUAGACUCCCCGGGCUCUCAGUCAAGUAGUCCAUCCGCCCAUUAUUCCUCCUUCAGCCUGUCGCCAUCGAAUCACCCCCAGCCCGAUCCCCUGAGCCCAGCUCCGCACUUUACGCCUUUUGCCAUCCGAGAUGAGACGACGGCACAGGAUCAAACCGCAGGGGAUUUGCUAUGGGGUGCCGGUCUUGCGGAGGAGAUGGCAAUAGGAACAUCCACUUCCAGUCCUAAAGGAUUACAUGAAAUCCACCAUGAAUCUCCGACGGCCUUUGGCCAGUCACUUAAUGAAUCCAACCGUACAAAUGGCAAGACCUCUGUAGACAUGGGGGCUCUGUCACAAGGGCAAGAUGUGACAACCUCAUGGUCAGACCUGUCCUCUCAACUAGCAACACCGUCGUCGAGCGAGACCCUGCUGGCUUUCCCCUCGUCUGUCCCCCAUUCGUUGGACACAGUCUCCUACCCAUCGCCCGCGGAUACGAAUUCAAGCGUCGGCUCUUUUGCGACUUUCAACUUUUCGCCUGCCACGAUAUCAGGCCCCAUUUCGUUCCUUCGGCAUACCUCAGAUCUCCAUCACUCUCCACCCGGAUCCGGUCCAGUGUCCGAUCAUCGCACCGACUUCUCUAGCUACUCGUCGUCUGCAGACGUGAUGAGCAUUUAUGCAGACUUCGAUUCUCAUGUGUCCACUUCCGCUCAAGAUGCUACACCUCCAAGUUCGGCGGAAGUAAGUCUGUUUUCGUCGGGGAUGUCCCAUGAGGCCCCAGCGCUGCAGGCCGGCCCAACCGUCCAUACGGAUAGCUUCUUCAGCAAGAUUAUGAGCGGUCCUUCAGCCUCCGACGACCAAUCCGAAGGCCCCCAGUCGAGUGCCGCCUGCAUGUUCGCUCAUCCUGACAAUGCGGGUCGGGACCUAUCAGACUCGGUGGAUGUUUCCAUGUCGGAACGGAGAUGGCGGGCUUACUUGACCCGGGUCACGGACAAUUACGGCUUGGAUUGUGGCCGCCCGGACCUGGACCUGAACAACAACGACGAUCAUUCCGCCAUUGACAUCAAUUACGCCCUGGACCUGAUCAACUCCGACACGAAACCUUCCACUCCCAAUCCUCAAGAUUUGGGUACAAGCAAUGCAAAGGACAACGGACUGGACCGCAGCAAGCAUGUCUACUAUGCAUCCCCAGUGCCCAUCAAUAUACCGCGGUAUCUGUCUCCGUUGCCACCGUCCCUGCUGAAGACUCCUAUCAACCUGAUGUAUUUCCAUCACUUUCUCAAUCAUACCGCCAGAAUGUUGGUCCCACACGACUGCGACGAUAACCCAUUUGUCUCGGUGCUACCGACCAUGGCAAUCGGUGACUCCAACCUCCUGAAUCUGAUGCUAGCAUAUUCUGCUAGUCACCGGGCCCGGUAUCUGGGCCAUCCAGAGCCCGCCACCCGGAUCGCGCAUUGGGUGAGCAACGUGUUUCCUGCUUUGCGCCUAGCGCUGGAGGACCCCCAUGAGAAAGUCACCGACAGUCACCUUGCGACUGCUGUUAUGCUUCUUUCUUUGAAGAUCAUAUCUCCCAGUACAUUUGAAGUGCCAAUCCCCUGGCAAAGCCACUUGAAGCUUGCUCGAGAUCUGUUUCUGGCACGAAAAGAACAAAUGGCGUAUCCUGGGAAUCGUGUCGGCGCAUUUCUCACGCGCUGGCUUGGGUACAUCGAUCUCAUGGGCACGUUGUCAUGCCGACAGAGUGGGCCACCUUUAUUUGGAUAUAAUCCAAUCUUAAGUGCCUGUUCUGAUAUAGGACAGCAUGACGAGUUCUGUGUGGAUUGCUUCACCGGGUUCACACCCAAGACGGGUCUUCUCCUAACCCAACUGGGGAUAUUAACCCAUCAAUGCGACAAUGAACGCUUUGAUGAGGCGGGGGCCUUUGUCUCUGACUGGGAACCGUCGCCUGACGUUGUUUUUGAAGCCGAAUCAUGGAUCGCGGAAUUGCGUGUCUUGGAGACGCAUGCCUAUGCUGAUGCAGCGCACUUUCAAGGUGUGGGCUCGACUGAUUUCCUAGCCAUUGACCGAGCGUUUCGCUAUGCGGGACUACUGCAUCUCCACCGUCGUGUGCUGAAUGCAUCGCCCUGUUCCGAGGCAGUCAAGGGGGCGGCAAACGAGCUCUUCAAGGCAAUGGCCGGCCUCAGGCGGGGCGCGUCCGCCGAGGUGGGAGCUCUGUUCCCAUUGUUCACGGCGGGCUGCGAGACUCGGGACCCCCAGCAACGCGCCGAGAUUCAAGAACGAUUUGAGAUACUUGAAAGAACGGGGAUGAAACAGAUGCAAAAUGCUCGCACGCUGAUGCAGCGAUGCUGGACGGAAGAGUUACCUUGGAUAGCUUUGGCGCAGGGGGAAUUCCUGGGGUAGUUAUUUCUGGCUAUAUUCUCAUAGAGCAUCUCAGUCAGUCUGAUGCGAGUGGCCUUCAAGCAGCGCCCACUUUAUUCUCUCACCUACGCAUUAUUGGUCUUCGUAGGCUAUAUUAGUGAGGACCGUGACCUCAUCAUCAGAUUUCUCGUACCUAUAUCAAUCUGAUUUCUCGCUCC